GUGAUGGCGAUGAUGAUAAACUCUGGAAACCAGUUUCCGGUUUGAGGCUCAGCUGGAGGGAAGCAGGAAGAGACGUCACAAGAUGGAGGACGUUUUCCAGAGCAGAGUCCUGCUGCUCGCAUCAGACGUUAAGAAAGAGGCUGGUGUCGACCAGCAGGAGGCGCUGCGCCUCCAGGUAAAGGAGGAAGACGAAGAACUCUGUGUGAGUCAGGAAGGAGAGCAGCUCAGAGUGAAGGAGGAGACGGACGACAGGUUUCCAUCGACUGCAGCUCAGAUCAGCAAUGUUAAGAAAGAGCCUCCAGGAGAUCAGAGUCCUGACGUGGAUCCUCUUCACACGCAGGAGCAAAACAAUAAAACCUGCUGCAGGCAGGAAGAGGAGCUGUUCAGAGUGAAGGACGAGCCGGAUUAUUCCAGACUCCCAUUAAAUAUUGUUUAUGUAAAUAGUGAGGAUGAUGAAGAGAAACCAGGACUGUCUCAGCUUCAUCAGCACCAGACAGAAAAUGGAGAUCUUUCAACCAGCAGCUCAGGCGACCAGAUAAAAGCAGAGAUUGAGGUGGAGAUCAGUGAAGCAGCAGAAUCCAGCAGAAACCCAGAUAGAAAUACUGCUGGAGGAACUUUGAGCAAUUCAGAGACGGAAGAGGAGGAUGAGGAUGAAGAGGACAAUGAUGAUGAUGAUUGGAACCAUCAUGAAUCUCAGGGUAAACCACUGUCAGAGUCUGAGACUGAAGACAAUCAUCAAAAAUCACAUUUAGACAAACAUGGAAACAUUCCCAUUGUUGACGAACCUUUUAGUUGUGAUUUUUGUGGGAAAAGAUUUUCCUUAAAAUCUUCUUUAAACAAUCACGUAAAAAUCCACACAGGAGAGAAAUCAUGUGAUUUCUGUGGAAAAACUUUUCACUCCAGUUCAGAUUUAAAGAAACACAUGAGAGUUCACACAGGAGAGAAACCAUUUUGCUGUGAGGAUUGUGGAAAAAUUUUCCCUCAGUGCCUCUUUAAACAGACACAUGAGAAUUCACACAGAAAAAAAACCAUUUGGUUGUGA